GACGACGUGCUGAACGCGCUGAGACUUGCUUCAUUACUGGAGUGAGGAAAACAAGUCUAAUGUACGUUUCAUGGAGCGCCAGACAUUCGCAUAUUUACUGGGAAAAUCGAGAAGGCCGAAGAUUUCUUGAAAAAUGUAGCGUAUUUCAUGAAGAUGUUUCCAAAUUAAGCUUAUUUUCCAUGAGUACCGUCCUCAAGAUUUUACUGUUGGUGUGUAGUUAGCUCUGUGCUAGGGUGUUGGCAGUUCUACGGAUAGUGUGUGAACUUGUCCGCAAGUUCAGCAUUUCACAACUUCGUGAUUGAUCAGGGGCCAGCGUUACCAUGGCUAUCACCCUUCACUUGGUCCUUGCUUUGCUGACAGGGGUCGGUUCGCUGGCCUCAACUGCUCCACCCACCGCAUCAAAAGCACACCCCAGAAGCCCCCACUUCACCAGCUGUCUUUCCCGGGAGAUGGAGACGUUCCGCUGUUCGUGGAGUGCCGGAAGUUUCCAGAACCUCUCGGAGCCGGGAGCACUGAGGGUGUUCUUCCUGAAGAACAGUGUAUCCCCCAAGGUGUGGCAAGAGUGCCCGCAGUACAGCUGGUCUGAGCUGGGUGAGUGCUUCUUCAACAAGACGCACACCUCCAUCUGGACCACGUACUGCCUGCACCUCGUCUCCAGGGACCGAGGCGUCACGUACGACAACACGUGCUUCAGCGUGGAGAACAUAGUGCGCCCGGACCCCCCCGCGGGUCUGAACUGGACGUUGCUGAACGUGAGCCAGACGGCGCUGCACUUCGACGCCCUGCUGCGCUGGCGGCCGCCGCCCUCGGCCGACGUGGAGAAGGGCUGGAUGAGCCUCGUGUACGAGGUGCAGUACCGCGAGGAGAGCGCCCCCCACUGGCGCACCCUGUCCUGGGAGAAGAGCCCGUAUCAGUCCCUGUACGGCCUCCGUGUGGACACUCAGUAUCAGGCCCGCGUCCGCUGCAAGAUGCUGGCGUUCGUCAACGCCGGGGAGUUCAGCGAGCCCGUCCUCAUCUCCGUCCCAAAGGUACCCUCUGAAGAGUCCAGAUUUCCUGCUGUGGCCCUCCUUAUUUUUGGAACUGUGGGGGUUGGAGUCCUAUUCCUGCUUAUCAUCUACUCUCAGCAGCAGAGGCUGAUGGUGAUUUUCCUGCCCCGUGUACCCGGCCCCAAAAUCAAAGGCAUUGACCCAGAGCUGCUGAAGAAGGGAAACGUUGAGCAGCUGAACUCCAUGCUGAACAGCCAGCUCUCGUACAAACCGGGCGUGCCCGUGGAAGACCCCUGGGUGGAGCACAUCGCGCUGGACUUCAGCGAAUCGGGAGAGGGACCCUGGGACACACAGAGCCUUCUGCAGGCAGCCCCGCCCACUGCCUACGACCCUCCAAUCAGGGACGACGAUUCGGGGCGGGCCAGCUGCUGCGAGCCAGAUCUGUCUGACCCCCCAGAAAGCACCGUGCUCCCCGCCCCCCCCCUCGACCCCUCCUUCUACACCCAGGUUGGGGAGGUGACACAGGGGGGUGUGGUGGUCCUGGCAUCUGGCCCAGAGGAGGAGGAGGAAGAGGGUGUGGGGAAGAAGAGUACGCUCCCCCUGGUGGUCAGCAUGGGUGGGUACACCUCAGAGGAAGACGCCCGGCAUCUCAGCCCCGCCCCCUCCCCCACCCUGAACUACACCCUGGUGAUGGACGUCAGCGAUCCGCACAAACUCCUCCUCAAUCUCACACCCCUCCCCAAGCCCCUCCCCCUCGCAUCCACAGUCCAAUCAGGCACUGCCCCUGCUAAGCCCCUCCCCCUGCCCACUGCCUACCUAUCGCCUGAGCUGCUGCCCAGCGUCGUGCCGUGAUUGGCCCAGGGGGUAUGGAGCACACAGGAGGUUUGUUACUGUGCGGAGUGUGUGUUAAAUCUCAAAAUGGACACCGCCACCUUCAAUGGGGGAUAAUGAACAGCAGUGUUACUGACUAUGAGGACGAUUCAAUUACAUUAAAUAUUGCAUUUCUGAAAAUACACACAAUGUUUACAGAGAAUGCCGCAUAGUAUUCACCCCGCGACACCCCAGGCCCAGUAAGAUGACACUACACACUAACACCAAUGUCAUAACACUACACACUAACACUAAUGUGAUAACACUGCACACUAACACUAAUGUGAUAACACUACACACUAACACUAAUGUGAUAACACUACACACUAACACUAAUGUGAUAACACGACACACUAACACCAAUGUCAUAACACUACACCCUAACACCAAUGUCAUAACACUACACACUAACACUAAUGUGAUAACACUGCACACUAACACUAAUGUGAUAACACUGCACACUAACACUAAUGUGAUAACACUACACACUAACACUAAUGUGAUAACACUACACACUAACACUAAUGUCAUAACAUGACACACUAACACCAAUGUCAUAACACUACACCCUAACACCAAUGUGAUAACACUACACACUAACACUCAUGUGGUAACACUACAGCACUGGGCUAGACCACUCAGUCGCACCUCAUCCUGAGUUCCUCAUGCUGCUACGAUCAUGUCCGCUAAGCCACUAGCAGCAUAACUACGCUCAAUGUGUCAGUAGCGAGCUUUUUACUGACUAAUGUGAAUCAGGACUCUGGCUCAUAAUAGUACGAUUCACCAAUGUGAACUGUGAUAUUGGCUUAUAACACUAAUCAGUUUAUUCAGUGAAACCUAGGAACACUGCCUCUUAGCAGCAGCUAGCGUAUUCAGUGGUGUAUCUGGGCAUAUUAAGCAUAUAACGUAAGUGAAGAGCAGAUCUUGUUCCCCUGGCCUUUUUUUAAAGGGAGCCAAGGGCAGCUAGUCUUGGGCUGUGUGCGGCGGGUGGAAUGGUGGUUACAUCACAGCCAUGUGAGACUUUUUAAGAACAGGACGUGCAUCUGUGGCUGUUGAGUGUCCCCAUGGGUGUUAGGGUGUAGUGUUCCUGCCCUAAGUAACCUCUCACACAGUCAUGCAUACGUGUGAAUACAUAAAUAUUCGUAGAGGAAGGGAACAGGGUCCAAAGGUCACUAGAGUUUCGGGAAACUGCAAGUGGAUGUUGUUCUUUGAUCUAAAUUACCAUAACUGCACUCACUGAGCACUUUAUUAGCAACACAUAUGCAUGUACUUAUUCAUGCGGUUAUCUAAUCAACCAUUUGUGUGGCAGCAGUGCAAUGCAUAAAAUCAUGCAGAUACGGGUCAGGAGUUUGAGUUAAUGUUCACAUCAACCAUCAGAAUUGGUAAAAAAUUUGAUCUAAGUGACUUUGACCGUGGAAUGAUUGUUGUUGCCAGACAGGGUGGUUUGAGUAUAUCAGAAAUUGCUGAUCUUCUGGGAUUUUCACGCGCAACCAUCUUCAGAGUUGCAGAGAAUGGCGGGAAAACAAAAAACAUCCAGUGAGCAUCAUUGAAGGGCCAGACUGGUGGAAGCUGACAGGAACAUGAUAGUAACACACAUUCAACAGUAGUAUGCAGGAGAGUAUCUCUGAACACACAACAUGUCAAACCUCUAAGUGGAUAGUCUGCAUGAAUAAAUACCUAAUAAAGUGUUCAGUGAGUGUACUUUGGAAAUGCCACACACAUAUUUGAUCUUGAGGAUAAAGCUUUCAUGUAUGUGCUGAACUUAUAUGUAGGUGCUCACAGCAUUUCCAUCUGCCCCUGAGGACGCUCUGAUGUGCUCUAGAGUCUAGUAAUGGUGCAUUUACCACCUGAGAAAUGUGUGGUUCUGCGCAACCAUGCCAAAACUUAAUUUUACUUCUAUGGACCUGGAAGUGUGUAAAACGAAAAAUAUAAUUGACUUAAUUCCGCAUAUUAGGGAGGCUGUUACAGAAGCAGCUAGUGUGGAAGAUGGAAAUGAAACGGCGUGUAAAAUGGAAGCCGGCUUGUAAAAUGGACGCUGCUGGAUUGUAGGGAAACCUCUGUUGCCUUGUCAGUGUCUCCUCACUGAUGCCAUGUUUCGAAUACUGUGAGAAACUCUCCCCCUCAUUGCAUUACAUUACAUUGCAUGUUAUUUUGCUGAUGCUUUUGUCCAAAGCAACUGACAAUUGAUUAGACUAAGCAGGGGACAAUCCCCCAGGAGCAAUGUGGGGUUAAGGGCCUUGCUCAAGGGCCCAACAGCUGUGUGGAUCUUAUUGUGACUAAACUGGGGACUGAACCACCAACCUUGUGGGUCCCAAUCAUGCAACUUAACCACUAGGCUAUAGGCUGCCCUCAAGCUGUUCUUUCACUCACGGCCCAAAUGGCACGUCCUUCUGUCUACCGCUUUUCAUGGUCGACUGUUUUCAGUUUCCUUUUGUCGUUUCUGCUUACGGGUUUACGAGCAUACAUUUUUAUUGCUGACACAUGUCUACGUGAGGUGCAGGAAACUUGUACAGUUGAGUAGUUGUGUAGUGCCCAGCAUUAAAGUAUCACAAUAAAUAAUGUGCCAACCCCCACCAGCACGCACAAAGGUUAUUGGGUGAAUUAUUGUGGGUAGUAGUAAAAAUAUAUUUUUUGGUGACAAAUGUAAUGCUAAUUAUUGUAAAAUGAUCUCCUGGUUGCUGAUAAAGCUUUUACAUACACCUUCAUACCAACUCUUUAUGUGGACUAUUGUUACACUAUAAUAAACAAUAUAAUGCCUGCUGUUUACACAGGGAUAAAUGUGAAAUAAAAUGUCUUCUCGUUUCAGCUGUUAAUAAGAAGGGAAAAACCUGCAACGGCUUCUAUUUUUUACGAUUUUAGAUUCAGUGUGGUGGUAUUCAUACUAAGAUGUCUUAAAAUGUAUUGCAUUGAUGAUACAUUAUGUGAUGUGGAGCAUAUGUGAAACACCAUGUCUGGCUUUGCGCCUUAUUUACAGAACUCAGUGCUGCUCAUUACUAUGCUUUCAAUCGGUUUACAUUUAUACCUGGAAUUGUAUGUAUAAAAAUAAAAAAAAUUGUAAUUACAAUUUUAUUUUGUUUUAAAUAAAUACAAAUAGUUGUA